AUGCGGGAAUCAGCAUUUUGCCUAAAACUGAGGAUGACUACCGAAGAAUCGUUCGCCUGUUCAGGGAGGAGGACGUGCCCCAUCAUACUUCCUUCAGAAAGAAAUAUUCACGCAGUAGUCAGAGGCAUACCCGCAAUGUUUUCGGAACAUGAGAUCAAAGGGGAAUUAGAGCAGAGGGGAUAUACUCCUCUCUCCACAUUAUCCGACUCAAACGCAGUGGCGGCGCACCCAUGCCUUUGGCGGUCGUGA